UCAGUGUCCAAUGUGUCUACAAGCAUUCAUAGUGCUGGGAGACCAGCCAGAGGGACAGAUGACAGUGAAACGUCUGAAAGACAUUCAAGGAAAAGAAUGUAUAUUUAUUACGUACAACAUUCCCAGUGGAAUACAGACGGAGGCCCAUCCCAACCCAGGGAAGCCCUUCACUGGACUCCAAGCAGAGUCCUGGUUACCCAAUGAGCAAUGGGUCUACUCAGGAGUCUGCCUGAGGGGCCAGAAGGUGCUGAAGCUGCUGAAAAGAGCCUUUGAGCAGAAGCUGAUUUUUACUGUGGCUGCAACCCCAGGAGCUCCAGAUAGAGUCGUCUUCACUGACAUCCCACAUGCAAGAAACUUUUAUGAGUGCAGUGGGGAUGACUUCUUGGGUAACGUGACGGAGGCACUCAAAGACAAAUUCAUCGAAUGACUUGGAAGAACAUAAACAUCAGAUCCACCCUCUCGGUACAGCGCCACCAAAUGGGCAAGAAGAGACACAUCAACACUCGGAAAAUCAGUCCAUUCCAAUCGCUUCAUUUACCCGUCCUUGUCUGCUCAGUCCUGGAAGCGAUCGUGGUGCUCCAUCUUUGAGGACAGCCCAGCCCAUUGAAGCUCCGUGCAGAAGGUCCUCGUGAGGAGCGUGAGCGCGUCCUUGGCGGAAGUAUGUCUUUGGAACGUGUGACAAUCGACCCCACCCGCCACAUCUGUGAUUCGCACGGGGCUUCAGACUGACGCUUGGCCGAAAAAAAGGACGUCCCAUUUGCCGAACACAAGUUUCCUCAAUUCCUUUACUCGUCCCCACAUCCUUUACUCGCGCCCUUUCCUUGUGUCCUCCACUGGCCGGCGUUAAGGAGAAAGAGAAGGAUGCAAGGAAAGGACGCAAGGGGAUAGAAUAAGCGAUUGGAAUGCGGUAAGCCAGUGUGUUGACCUUUGCCCUCUCUGUGAGCUCCGAGGCAGAAUUUUAUCUGAGGAUAAUAGCAGGCCACUGCUUUAGAAACACAUGCCUGUAUGAGAUAAAUCUACUCAAGCCUGAUGGUUCUGAUUUUGCGGACUCCGUGUUAGACUCUUAAUAAGCCGUGCACUCAUCUGUUCCUCUGUUUACAGUAACAAUAUUGGUCCUCCUUCAUUAAUGAUGUCAUACACAGUCACAGACACACACACACACACCUGCCAAGAGGUUAUCCACAACUUGGCCACUGCAACAGAUGCCAACAAAAGACCUGUUGGCCUUGGUCAUUUGUUUGAACAUUGCUAAUAAUAUAACAUCACAUAAUGCUGGUACCUUUUUUGUAGUGUCUUAUGGGGUUAGGGACCUUUUGGUAGCGUUUUACGGGGUUAGGUACAUUUUGGUAGUGUUUUACGGGGUUAGAUACCUUUUUGGUAGUGUCUUAUGGGGUUAGCCACCUUGGCUUCUUCCACCUGGGUUCUAUGGAACAGGGGUAUGUGUCUGGUAGUUCUGUUGGGAUGGGAUUGCGUUUAUUACAGAUUUGUACAUAAGUAGUUUUCCCUAUUUGACAAGCCAUUGGGCAGAUUAUGUUUUGAUUCUCAAGAAUCUAUUUGGAUUUCUGU